AUGCUCUACCCCAAUCCAAAGCCCAGUAGGGCAACUCUGUCGGCAAUCUUCAGCGCACCCAUGUUUUACAAGAUCAUCACCAUUUGUCUGGCGUUGUCUCUAUCCCUCUAUGCUUUGGUCUGGUGGUCGGAGGUAGAAAUAAGGCCGGCAGGCUGGCAACACGACAAUGUCAGCACAACAGAGCGGCCGGAGGUACCAGUUGACCAGGACCGUCGGUUUGCCUUAAUCGUCCCUUCUACCAACCCAAGUCCGAAUCUGUGCAGGACAGUCUUCAGCGCCAUGGCUUUAGGCUAUCCAAGCCCAGUCAUCAUCAAUUGGGGACUCAACUAUAGGGAUAUCUCACAUUGGAGACUUGGCAAGAAUCUUCCCAAGAUCGUCGGCUUUGUCAACUACCUUGACUCAGUUAUGCACCCCAGUGCUGCCGCAGAAGAGAAGCUAUUCGAUGACGAUAUCGUUCUCAUGGUUGAUGCCUAUGACGUGUGGUUCCAGCUCCCUGCUCAAGUUCUUCUCAGUCGGUACCAUGAGAUCAACAGGAAAGCCAAUGAAAGACUGCGCAAAGAAUGGAAGCGGAAGGAUAUACCCAUGCCGAUGAAGCAGACAAUCGUCGCGGCAUCGCAAAGGAAAUGUUACCCCGAGGAUCCUGUAAAAUUUGGUGUGGACAUGAAAUGUGACCGCUGGCCCGAGCCUCCUUUGAGAGAAGACCUCUAUGGACCGGAGACGGAAAAGAACGCUACCUUCUGGCACAACAACAGACCGAGGUGGAUCAAUGGCGGCAUGUACAUAGGCCCAGCAGGCGACAUGAGACGACUGUUUCGCCGUGCCAAGCAAAACAUCGAAAGAAUGGUCGCAGAGGCUUUCCCUAUAAGGAGCGAACAGGGUAUGAUUGGCGAAGUACUCGGUGCGCAGGAAGUCUGGCGUGAGUUGCAGAGGCAAAACCACGUCAGCGUUGAUGUGGAGGACUUCGUGGGAGAGAAUUUCGAAUUCCACAUUGGACUUGAUUACGCUCAGGACAUAUCGGCACAAGCUUUCGCAACUGAGAUCAGACCAGAGGAUGACCUCUUCGACGGUGACUUUGUCAUGUUGAGCGACCAAGCGUCCAUCGAAAAGAAUUCUGAGGUACGCGGUAUAUCACCAGUACGAGUGGAGGGUAUCCCAGAUGAUCUCAAGUCGGUUCAAAGCCCAUUGGUUGAACAAGGCAAAGCCGUUGACUGGAGCGACAUGCGUCUGUAUACCGAUUUCUUCCUCACAACAGUACCAGCUAUACUGCAUCACAACAAGUUCAAGGAGAGACGUGAGACUUGGUGGGAUAGACCAUGGUACCACCAAAAGCUGCGUGGCCUUGUCAAAUCCGCUCUGCUACCUAGAAAAGGUAAUGAGCCUUUGGCUACUGUUCAGCUUGAGGGCAGCAAGGUCAGAUACUGGGCAGCUUCAGCGGAGAAGAAAGACAGAUAUCCCCGCAUGGCCGCCAUCUUCCACUGUUUUGUCAGAGUUCAUUUCGUCAUCGACAUUGGCCGAAUCCUCGGUCUCAGAGACUUCCACUGCAAUUGGCUCAACGAGCUCCGAAUUCGCCCAAGUCAGCGUCUCAAGAACCGAGUCUUUGGUCAAGCCAACUUCUAUCAAGACACCCGAAGCCACCCCCUCAAUGAUACAACAACAGCUCUCACAGCAGGUGCUCUAUCGGUCGAAACAACUACAGCUGUCGCAACCACCACCACUUCCGAAGAGGCAGGCCCAACAGGCUUCUUCCUCGUCCCGGGUGAGGGUCCAGCUCUCGAAGGCCAGGGCGAGUCCAACGGCGACAGUUUUACUCCCAUGGUCCUUUGCGACUGCGGCUCGACUUUCAACUCUGCCCGCUUCCUAGUUGACGAGAUCACCGGUGAACUCCAAUACCUGCAGGUCGGGUUACCUUACGCCCUGAUCACGCGGUGCGAGAGCCACAAUCUCUACUACGGCAGUGUGCCCCUCAACUGUGCAUCAAUUAGGGGUCCUGGCACCUCUGUCGGAUGCAGUGCUGCGAAAUUGGAUUAUCAGACAACUGGAUCAGGUUCCUCUCAGGCGUGUUCGAGAUCACAGGAUCCCGAUUGGGGCGCGUUGUUUAUUACUAACAGUGAUGUCUGA